AUGAUUGGUCUGGUUCAUUCAUUUUGGCUCAGGCGGGUGGUACCUCGUUGGAUGCCAAGCAUCUCGCGGGAAUCUCGUCCAGAUGUCUCCUCCACCUCCUCUUCCUCUUUGCGUCCUUUCGAGGCGGCCGUCAAGGAUUGCGGGAGGACACAGCGAUGGAUCGCAGCGCUGCAACUCUUCUGCGAAACAUCCCGGACAUGCGUGGAGGUCAGCGCAGGUCACUACAUCGCGAUUGUUGGUGCAUGCGGAAGAGCCAGACAGUGGGAAUGGGCGCUGUCGUUCCUCAGUGAGAUGGUCGAGAAAAGAGUUGAGGCCAAUGCGAUCAGCUACAGCGCUGGGAUCAGCGCGUGCGAGAAAGGCAGGCAGUGGCAGCGCGCUCUAUGGUUGCUCAGCGAGAUGCGAGAGACGAAGCUGCAGCCAACUGUAAUUAGCUACAGCGCUGGGAUCAGCGCGUGCGAUGAGGGAGGCCAGUGGCAGCUGUCUUUGUUGCUGCUCAGCGAGAUGCGGGAGGCAAAAGUGAAGCCCGACGUCAUCAUCUACAGCGCCAGGAUCAGCUCAUACGAGAAAAGUGGGCAGUGGCAGCAGGCCUUGUAUUUGUUCAGCGAGAUGCGGGAAGCGACUGUGGAGCCUGACGUUAUCGUCUACAGCGCAUGCAUAAGCGCGUGUGGGAAAGGUACGCAGUGGCAACACGCGCUAUCGCUGCUCAGCGACUGUUGUGAUGCCAGGUUGCAGCCGAACGUCGUGAGUUACAAUGCUGGCAUCAGUGCGUGUGGAAACGGUGAGCAAUGGCAGCAAGCUCUGUCGCUGUUCAGCAAGAUGCGGGAGGCGACGUUGGAACCUAAUGUCAUCAGUUGUAGCGCUGGGAUCAGCGCAUGUGGAGCAUGCGAGCAGUGGCAGCAGGCUCUAGUUUUGCUCAGCGAGAUGUGGGAGGAGAAGUUGGAGCCCAACGACAUCUCUAUCUACAACGCUGGCAUCAGCGCGUGCGAGAAGGGCUGCCAGUGGCAGCAGGCUCUGUCGCUGCUCCGAGAGAUGUUGGAGGCGAAGUUGAAGCCAGACGUCAUCAGCUACAGCGCUGGGAUCAGUGCGUGCGAGAAGGGUGACAAGUGGCAGCAGGCUCUAUCGCUGCUUGUCGAGAUGCGGGAGGUGACGCUGGAGCCAAACAUAAUCAGCUACAACGCUUUGAUCAGCGCCUGCGAAAAAGGUGAGCAGUGGCAGCAGGCGCUGUCGCUGCUCAGCGAGAUGUGGGAGGCGAAAUUGAAGCCGGACGUCAUCAGCCACAAUGCUGGGGUCAGCGCGUGCGGAAAAGGAAAGCAGUGGCAGCGGGCUCUGUCGCUGCUCCGCGAGAUGUGGCAGGUGAAGCUGGAGCCCAGCAUCAUUCAGCUACUGCGCUGGGAUCAGCGCUUGCGAGAAAGGUGA